UUCCAAUACAAUCUGGUUUUCAUCGGUUCUAUGAUUGAUAUUAACUUAUGGCAAAAUAUAACUUAAAGUCAGUUAGAUACCCAAAGAGCCAAAAUCUUAGUACUAAGUUUUUUAGAAUUGUGACUAUUUAGAGUAAUGUAAAUGUUAAGAAAUUCAGUUUCCUCUCAUUUUUAUCCUGCUUGUUGAUCACUCUGAAAGAGAUUUAAUCAAUAACUGAUUAACUUGCCUAUAGCAUUAAUUUUACCGAAAAAACUAUUAGUUGUUUUGAUGGCCUUAUAAUCAAAUACGCUUCUUUUAAGAAUUGACUUAAAAAUUUACUAUAUUAUAACUAUUUCAUUCUCCUACAUUUUCAUAUACUCCGCUUCAUUUUGAUUUUAGCUCAUCUUAUAACCGUUGCUGAACAAGAGAAUAAAGAGCAAAUUAGUGAAAAGGAUCCCCACAUGUUGAAUGCAGUAAUUACUCUCCAGAAAUAUAUACGUCGCUUCUUAGCUUGUAAGAUGGUUAUUAAAAUGAAAGCACAAAAGAAACAUUGUGAAUCUGAAAUUGAGAAACUAAAACAGAUGGCUUACCUUCAAAGCGUCAAAGCCUUUAGAGAAGAGCAAGAACGAAAAAGGGAAUUAGAAGAGGAAGAAAAAAGACAAAACCGUCUACUUCUACAACGACAAAAAAUGAUGCUCGAAUGUGCAUUUGAAGGUCGUGAGCUUGAAAUGAAGGAACUACUAAGAGAGGUGUGUGAAGCAAAUGGUUGUAAUGAGAGUGGAUCUAUCGAAAUAGAUGAGUCAAUACGCCUAAGAUGCAAAAUGCAACUGAUUGAAUGUAAAGAUGCAAAUCAUAAUUCUGUGCUUUCUGAAGCUUGCAGUAGAGUGAUAGUAAUCAAUUUGUAAUAUUUUUCAUUUCUAGUUGGAGGCAAUAUUGAUAUUGUACAGUUUCUCCUUGAUAACGGUGCAGACGUAAAUUCUCGUGGACAGUUUGGACGAACCCCCUUGUAUCGAGCAGCGUUUGGAUCCCACCUAGAUAUUGUAAAAGUUGUGAAUAAAUGUCAUAUAACGGUUUUACUUUACUUUUUAGAUCCUUCUGAAUCA